GAGAGUUGUCACGGUUUCUAGUUGUGGAGUAUCCGAGAGGAACAAGGGCGGCAACGGUUGUACGAUGCCGAAUAAAACGAAAAAAGACAAGGAGUCACAGAAGUCUGGCAAAGUGGGGAAGAGUGGAGGACAAGAUAAUUCAGAGCAUGAGCAGAGCUCUAACAGGAAGGGCAGCAAUAAUGUUCCUCCCACCACGCAGCUGCUAAAGGGGAAGCAGCCAGGUGCCCAGUCACCUGUCAAAAAGGACAAGAGGCAGAGCUCCUCUCAUUUCAGCUUGAGCAACAACAGGGAGCUGCAGAAACUGCCGGCCUUCAAAGACGUCCCCCCCGCGGAGCAGGAGAAGCUCUUCAUCCAGAAGCUGCGGCAGUGCUGCGUCCUCUUCGAUUUCCUCUCGGACCCGCUGAGCGACCUGAAAUGGAAGGAGGUGAAGCGGGCGGCCAUCAGCGAGAUGGUGGAGUACAUCACCCACAACCGGAACGUCAUCACCGAGCCCAUCUACCCCGAGGUGGUUCACAUGUUUUCUGUGAAUAUGUUCAGGACGUUGCCGCCGUCGUCCAACCCCACGGGCGCCGAGUUUGACCCGGAGGAGGAUGAGCCCACGCUCGAGGCUGCGUGGCCUCAUCUACAGCUCGUCUAUGAAUUCUUCCUGCGGUUCUUGGAGUCGCCUGACUUUCAACCGAACGUAGCCAAAAAGUAUAUUGACCAGAAGUUUGUAAUGCAGCUCUUAGACCUGUUUGACAGUGAAGACCCCAGAGAAAGAGAUUUUUUAAAGACCACUCUUCAUCGCAUCUACGGCAAGUUCCUGGGCCUGCGAGCGUACAUUAGGAAACACAUUAAUAACAUAUUUUAUAGGUUCAUUUAUGAGACUGAACAUCAUAAUGGAAUAGCAGAAUUACUGGAAAUAUUAGGCAGCAUAAUCAAUGGGUUUGCAUUACCGCUGAAAGAAGAGCAUAAGAUCUUCCUGCUGAAGGUUCUGCUGCCUUUGCACAAAGUCAAGUCUCUUAGUGUGUACCACCCACAGCUGGCGUACUGUGUGGUCCAGUUCCUCGAGAAGGACAGCACGCUCACAGAACCGACGGUCAUGGCUCUGUUAAAGUAUUGGCCGAAGACCCACAGUCCAAAGGAGGUGAUGUUCCUCAACGAACUGGAGGAGAUCCUGGACGUCAUUGAGCCUUCAGAGUUCGUCAAAGUCAUGGAGCCUCUGUUCAGGCAGCUGGCCAAGUGCGUGUCCAGCCCGCACUUUCAGGUGGCGGAGCGAGCGCUGUACUACUGGAACAACGAGUACAUCAUGAGCCUCAUCAGUGACAACGCCGCCAAGCUCCUGCCCAUCAUGUUCCCGUCCCUCUACCGCAACUCCAAGACCCACUGGAACAAGACGAUCCACGGGCUGAUCUACAACGCGCUGAAGCUCUUCAUGGAGAUGAACCAGAAGCUGUUUGACGACUGCACGCAGCAGUUCAGGGCGGAGAAAAGCAAAGAGAAAGCCAAGUGGAAAGAGAGGGAAGAGACGUGGCUGAAGAUUGAGAAUCUUGCAAAAUCAAACCCACAGUUUCUGAUUUACGUCGACUCGAUAAUCUCGGGUUGUCCGGUGGACAUGGAGACAGACGGGCCGCCGCUGGACGACGUCAACGGGCUGAAGAAGGCCGUCGUGGAGGAAGCCACACAGGUCCUGAAGGAUCAGCGCCGGGAGCGCCCGCUGAUGAGGAGGAAAUCGGAGCUCCCCAGGGACAUCUGCACGGUCACGGCCUUGGAGCUGCACCGGAGAGCCGACGAGAUGCUGAUGACGCACGACGGCCACUAGGAGGCCGACCCCCCCGGAUCCACCGUAAACCAGCAGAGGAACCACAGGCCCCGCCCCCACCCCUCCCCCGCCCCCAGAGGCCAGCACAACAACAGAACUCUGGCGUCUCGGUCCAGGACGACACAGAACCCAACGGACCCCCGGCUCCGCCCGACGACGCAGAAAAUGUCUCACGCCGCACGUCUAAGCCUCGUUCGGCUUCUUCGGGACAAACGGUGCUCGACUCCUACCGACACACACACACACACACACCUCUUUUCAGCCACCUGCAGAAACGUCUGCGGUGCUGGACCGGUCCUCCCACGACCACGGCGUGCACCGCGGCCCCGGAGCUUCACCCCGAGAGACUGUCGUGUCAUUUUUUUCUCUUCCUCCCUCGUUUUUUUCUUCUUCUCUCCUGCCGUCCUCUCAACGUGUUGUGUUUUUUUUUUUCUACUUCUUCUGCUUUUCGGGGUGCUGUGCUGCCCCCUUCUGGUCAUUUCUCUCAGGUGUUCUUUUAUCCGUGCGUGAGCCGUCUUCUCUUCUCGCCUCUUCUUUAUAGAUGUCGGGUGCUUGUACGCAAAUAAUACGAGCCUUGUUCAAUUGAGAGAGGAAAAAAGGAAAAAAAACACACAAAAAAGAAAAAAUGUCAGUUGUUUCUAUAUAUAUUUAAUAUGACCUAUUAUUCUCACAACAUUUAAACUAGACGGCUGUUUAUAUUUUAUUUUUUCCUACAUAGUAUAUUAGGAGCUCCUCUCAGAGUGAAACACACUCCUUCUUAUCUGUACAACUUUAUUCCAUUCGCUGUGAAGAGUCAGUGACAGUUCUGUUGUUCAGAACCGGGCCGCGCGGGUCGGGAUUCGUACCUCCGGCCCGACGGAGGUCGACUGUUUCCCAUCCAGCACAUCUCCGCACCUGCGUAGACGCCUAGUUUGUAAUUUGGUGCCAACAGCUCCUUCAUCCUAGCUCCUAGUGUAGGCGACGAGUGAACACGGGCCGGCGGCUCAAACAAUGGUCAGAGGGUUUUAUUACAUGUGCAGGUCCGUUUGAUCGGUUCCUGGGACGAGUCCAAACCCGGAGACCGAUCACACGGGAGGGGACUGCGAGGUUUAAUUUAAGGUCGUCUCCGCUGACGUCCAGCCGCUCGUCAGCAGCCGGUACGAGUCGCCGGUGUGAGGUCAGAGAGGUCAGGGAGACGGAUUCACACGGCGAGGGAAGUCCGAUGGGGGUCACCUGUUUCCUACUCUUCUCAAGCGAGACCCUUUCGUUUAUAAAACUCGUCGGAGGUGUAGACGGAUGUUUGGGGUUCGGUCAGACAUGAGCCUUUUGUUCUCACAGUGCCUUUUAUAGUCGAAGGGGAUCGUUGCUCUCAACCGAGAAUCGAGUAGCAUGCCAGAUGAAUUUAAAAAAAAGACGUUAGUUUCCGCACAAACACAACAAAAAGACCCGAUGAGUUCGAGCCCCCCCCCCCACCCCAGGACAAGCAUCCGCCCCCCGAUGAAGCACUUCCUGAUAAAACUUGAAAGAAAAACCCGAAACGCAACUGAAACAAAACUAGUAAAGAAUUAUAAAUCUGUGACGCUGUCUGUCUUGCCUGGUGGGGGUCCUCCCCCCCCCCCCCUCCUCCCCCCGGGUGGGUUGUUCAGAGCCGGCCUCCACAGGAGAGGACAUCACCUCCCCGUCGAGACUUUUCCAUUCUGCUCCCCCCCACGCUGUCCCAUUCAUUGAUUUGUACCAUUGUUUGACCCCCUCUGCCCAGACCUGCACACUGGCUGUAACCCCCCCCCCCCUCAGUAAAUACCCUGUUUGAUCUGCUUCUCGGUGCUUUUUAUUUGGGCUUUUUAUUCUUCCUUUUGCCUGCAGAACCGCUCGAAUGUGCAAACUGUAAAUAAUAUGGUUGAUGUUUGUCUCUAAGAAGUAUUCAAAGGCUUUUUACCAACCCCCCCCCCCCCCCCAUUCCCUUCGACGAGCUCCUCUGCAGAGCGACGCCCCCUGGUGGCCGUCGCUCUUCUUGAAAGGCUUUAAUAUUGGCUUCUCUUGUGGAGCUCUCUUCAUUUUUCUUUAAAAAAAUAAAUAAAAAGAAUGAAGGGUCCCUUUUUAGUAUUUGUCUCGUACUAAACGGCGUCAUCUAAUUUUGUACAUAUAAUGUACUUUUUAAUUCAUGUCAUAACUAUUAUUAAAUGGUAGGUUUUCAUAUUUUGUA